CCAAGAUGGCGGCGCUCAUGAGGAGCAUGCUUGUGUCCUCCAGGCUGACAAUUGUAAGGCUGCCGAUCAAUGUGCAGGUGAAGCGGGAUGUGCGAGCCCUGCGGAGGAGACCGGUGCGGGUCAUUCCCCCGGAUAACCAACGGGGUGAGCGGGAAAAGCGGCCGAAAGAGGCGGGGGAGCUGAGAGGACAAGUACCCCUCCAUAACAAGCCUGUCAGUACGGACAAGAGCCCUGCUCCUAUACAGGAUGGGUACUAUGAGGAGGAGCUGAAGUAUGAGAGAGCCACAGCUGGGGACAAGAGGCUCAGCAAAGUAGUUACAAUUGCAAAGUCCAGAAAAUUCCGUGAGCGCCAUGGUCAGGUUUUGCUGGAAGGACAGCGGCUGCUCGUGGAUGCUCUAGACGCUGGGGCGGUCCUGCAAACGCUCUUCUUUAGCAGAGUCGACCAGCUGAAGAUUCUGCCAGCUGAGAAACUUAAGAAGGCAAACCUCAUCAAAGUGAAGUUUGAAGAUAUCAAGAUGUGGUCUGAUGUAGUCACACCACAAGGACUUAUGGGAAUUUUUGGGAAACCUGAUCAUGUAAAGAUGAAGUUUCCAGAGGUCCAGGUCCAGAACAGUUUACCACUGUCUCUUAUAUGUGACAACAUUCGUGAUCCUGGUAACCUGGGCACCAUUCUAAGAUGUGCAGCUGGAGCUGGCUGCAAUAAAGUCUUACUCACAAAAGGUUGUGUUGAUGCAUGGGAACCUAAAGUAAUCAGAGCUGGCAUGGGAGCCCAUUUCCGCUUGCCAAUAAUCACCAGUUUAAACUGGGAAACUGUCUCCAACUAUCUCUUGGAAGACACCAAGGUUUUUCUGGCAGAUAACUUUUGGCAGAACAUCUCCAGUGAGACUGCAUGUCCUUCUAAUAAAGCGAUUGACUAUGGUUGGAUUUCUUCUGAUCCCAGGAGGCUACAUAAAAUACAGGAAGAGGACUAUUACUCAUCUAGUGAUGAAGAAAAUGAUAUCAAAGAACCAGACAUUCCUUAUAUACCUAUACAGAAAUAUUAUGAACCAUGGGCCAGAGGUCCCAGUGCACUCGUCAUUGGGGGAGAGACACAUGGACUGAGUUUAGAGUCUUUACUAUUAGCUGAAAAAUCCAGUGGCAGGAGAUUGUACAUUCCAGUUGUGCCAGGCAUUGACAGCCUAAAUUCCGGUAUGGCUGCUAGCAUCCUUUUGUUUGAAGGUAGAAGACAACUGAAACCAAACUCAUAACUGAAGAAAAUUCCUAUUGCACACACACAAAAGUUUUUGGAAGACAACAAAUAAAGGAAAAGCACUGCUUGGUUUAAUUUUUUCAUACACGUUCAUUAAACACUUUUUCUAGAAAUAUACGAAAUCCCCCAGAUCCCACAUUGUGCCUAUAUUGUGUCAGAUCCCGCCCCCUCUCAAAAAAAAAAACAAAAAAAAAAAAAAAAAAACUGUACAUGAUCAGGAUGAGGUACUGAGCAUGACAUUUUUAUGUUUCUACGACCUAUAUUUCUCUCAGAAUUACCUUUUAUUUACUUGCCAUGAUUGCUCAGUGAGGUUUCUGUCCAGGCAGAGGCAUGGGGCGUGUCCCUCUCUUCUCCUCACUGUGAUGACUCCUCCCCCUCCCUGACUCACAGAGGGCUGGGAGCAAGCACAGUAGCUCUGGACCUGCCUGCAGCCCUGUCAAUCACUCAUGGUGUCCAUGACCACUGGACACUGUAGGACUGGUAUGUGUCCCAGGAGGCAGGGGGACCCCUAGUGGCCCUUUUUUUUUUUUUUUUUU